ACAAUACUCCAUCUGCAAAAAAGUUUUCCUUCCCUCCUUUCCUCGCCUCCUCUGCGUCCACUCGAGCCCGGCCCACUGGCUCUCCACUUGAGACGCAUCUGCACAUAUAUGUUGACAUAGAUGACACAGGAGCUUCACAAUUACACGACGGUCAUGUGAAUUAAACAAUUUAAAGGAUAUAAAGGAAGAAGAAGUGCGCGCUCUCGGCGAAGCGCAGCAUCAGCACCAGCAUCCGAUGCGCGUCCCCGUCCCGGUAGAGGCUGCCCGACAUCCCGGGAAGAGGAGUUGGAGCUGCGCGAGUUAAAGUUGGGCUAAAGGGGGGUGAAAGGAUGCUGCGGAACAAUCUACGAUCUAAUUAAGAUAGCCUAUGUGGAGAAACGUGUCCUAAGUGAAGGAUGACUUGCAAAAUACUGAGCAUAUGCCUCUUAUUUUUGGGUUUUCAACAUUGCUCAUCACAAGAAUGUGUUGAUCCGCUGAUCUCUGGGCUCUAUGCCUCCUCCUUCCUGGCCUCCUCCAGAUACAACUUUCUCUACUCUGCCAAUUUCGCCAAACUGUAUGGCAGCAGUGGUUGGUCCCCAUCCCCCAGAGACAGACAGCCAUGGCUGCAGGUGGACCUUGGCAGGAAGUAUCGACUCCAGGCCAUCGCCACCCAGGGGACCUUCAACUCCUACGACUGGGUCACCAAGUACACCCUGCUGUACGGCGAUCGCCCAGACUCCUGGACGCCAUACAUCAUGAGAGGAGGAAACUCUACGAUGCCUGGGAACUGGAAUUAUUAUCAGAUAAAGAGGAAUGUCUUCCAUUAUACCUUUACUGCUAAACACAUACGCCUGCUGCCUCUGGCCUGGAACACGGAGAAUGGAGGGAAGAUCGGAGUGAGGCUGGAGCUCUUUGGCUGCUCUUAUGAUUCUCAUGUGCUUCAGUAUAAUGGGGACGACUCGGUGGUCUACAUGUACCCUGGGAAGAGAUCCCGUACGCUAGAAGACAAUAUUGCCAUAAACUUCAAGACUUUGGAGCAGGAUGGUCUGCUGUUGCACAGUGAGGGGAUUCAGGGUGACCUCUUUACCCUAGAACUCAAGAGAGGCCGGCUUUACCUUCACAUUAGCCUUGGAAGCAGCGUUAUACACAAAGUUAAUGGGCGGACAACACUGACUGCUGGCAGCCUUCUUGAUAAUCUCCACUGGCACUAUGUCACAAUCAAGCGCUACGGUCGCCAGGUGAACUUCACUGUGGACGCCCAUUCAGUAACAGCCAUCUGUAGUGGAGAGUUUACACACCUGGAUCUGGAUACACAGAUAUAUGUUGGAGGUGUCAUUGAGAAAAAUUUGCCUCACUUGCCCACUACACCUAAUUUCCGAGGCUGCCUGGAGAAUGUCUUCUUCAAUGGUAUCAACAUCAUUGACAAGGCUAAGAGAGAAGAUGAGGACAUCCGAAUUCCACGAAAGAAAAAGAUGCAUUUUGCAUGCAGGGAUAUUCUGCUCAAACCAAUGACUUUUGCCGGGCCAAACAACUACCUUCAGGUGCCAGGUUUCUUCCGCAGGCCUCGUAUGUUUGUCAAGUUUAAGUUCCGCUCAUGGGACUACACUGGGCUGCUAAUGUUCACACGGUUUGCUGAUGACCUUGGAGCCCUUGAGCUGGGAUUAAGCGAGGGACAGAUUAACGUCACUAUAUUUCAGCCCGGGAAGAAGAAACUUCAAUUUGGUGCAGGAUACAGGCUGAAUGAUGGUUACUGGCAUACAGUGGAUUUGGCAGCGAGAGAUAACCUGCUAACCCUCACAAUCGAUGAGGAGGAGGGCUCUCCGCUAAAGAUCACCAACCCUUUCACGAUUAGGACAGGAGACCGCUACUUUUUUGGAGGCUGUCCUAAAACCAACAACACUAUAAGGAAGUGUGAAACCAAGCUGAACCGCUUCCAUGGGUGCAUGCAGCAUAUCUUUAUAGACAAUGAACAGCUUGAUAUUGACAUUAUUCUGCAACGACAGUGGGGGCGCUAUGCAGAGCUGUUGUUAGGCACUUGUGGCAUCACUGACAGAUGCUCUCCAAAUCCAUGUGAACAUGAAGGCAGAUGCAUCCAGUCCUGGGAUGACUUCAUCUGUCUGUGUGAGAACACAGGCUACAAAGGCGAAGUGUGCCACAUGUCGGUUUAUAUGGAAUCAUGUGAGGCCUACAGACUCAGCGGCAAAUAUUGGUCCGGAAACUACACCAUCGAUCCUGAUCUCAGCGGGCCGCUCAAACCAUUUGAGGUGUACUGCAAAAUGAAGUCAUACAAAGCCUGGACAGUGAUCCUGAACGAUCGAGUAGAUGGUACCAAGGUGACUGGGACUACAAUAGAUCAGCCCUAUAUUGGAAAUGUCAACUACUGGAAUGCUUCCUGGGAUGAAGUCACCGCUUUAGCCAACACCUCCAUGUACUGUGAACAGUGGAUCGACUACUCCUGCUACAAAUCACGACUCCUCAACACACCGAAUGGAAGACCUUUUGGAUACUGGAUUGGUCGUAACAAUGAGAGUCACUAUUACUGGGGGGGAACCUUCAGAGAGGUCCAGAAGUGCGGCUGUGCCAUCAACCAAACCUGCGUCGAUCCCAAAUAUCAGUGUAACUGUGAUGCUGAUUACAGACAAUGGUACUCAGAUAAAGGCUACUUGGACUUCAGAGAUCAUCUACCUGUGAGGAAGGUUGUAGUCGGGGACACUAACAGGACUGGUUCAGAGGCACAGUUCACCGUAGGGCCCCUCCGGUGCCAUGGCGACAGAAACAUCUGGAACACCAUCGCUUUCACCAAACCCACCUACAUCACCUUCCCCACCUUCAGGCCUGGCUCCAGUGCUGACAUCUCCUUCCAUUUCAAAACCUAUCGGGACCAUGGUGUCUUCUUAGAGAACUCUGAUGACCAGCUUCGAAACUUCAUACGAAUAGAGCUGAAUACAACUCACAACCUUUUAUUUGUAUUCAUGGUUGGGGAUGGCAUCAUCAAUGUGACACUGCGCUCCCCUGUGCCACUCAAUGACAACGAGUGGCACUUUGUUCAGGCUGAAAUUAACGUGAAGCUGGCCCGGAUCAAGGUUGACUAUCAGCCUUGGGCUGUAACACGCUUUCCCGGUCAGACCUUCGUCACCAUGCAGUUUACACACCCUGUCCUCGUAGGCGCUGCCAACCGCACUCUGAGACCUUUCUUGGGAUGUCUGCGAGGUCUGCGGAUGAACGGUGUCCCUAUUGAUCUUGAGAGCAAAGUAAAUGAGGAACAGGGCAUAAGAAGGAACUGUACUGGACAGUGUCUGAAUGCUACCAUACCAUGUCGAAACAGCGGCCAGUGUAUCGAGGGUUAUGCUGCCUACACUUGUGACUGUAAUAACACAGCUUUUGAUGGUUUCUACUGCCACAAAGAUAUUGGAGCCUACUUUGAAAUAGGUUCAUGGCUGAGAUACAACAUACGAAAGAAGCCGAUAACAGACGAAGCAGCGUGGGCCAACUGGAUCGACCCCCACUAUGACAACUUCAGCCUGGGCUACAACGACACAGCAGAUGACAUAGAGUUCAGCUUCAGCACCGUUCACACACCAGCUGUGUUACUCUACAUCAGCUCCUUUGUCCAAGACUACAUCGCUAUUAUCCUCAAGACUGAUGGCAGUGUAGAUCUGAGGUAUAAGCUGGGCCUCAUAACACACAAAUAUCAGCUGACUCAUCGUAACCUGGCAGACGGAUACCCCCACUAUGUCAACAUAACCAGACACAACAGAACCAUCAAGACCCAGGUGGAUUACACAGAGCCCAUAGUUGAGAAGAUAACACUGGUGGAGGAUGCCAGGUUUGAUUCACCAAAGUCCAUGUUCCUGGGCAGAGUGAUGGAGGUUGGAGACAUUGACUACGAGAUCCAGAGGCAUAACGCUCCCGGCUUUAUAGGCUGUAUAUCAGGGGUGAGAUACAAUGUCUACGCCCCUCUGAAGGCCCUUUUUAGACCAAAUGAAACAGAUCCACCAGUGACAACUCAAGGUUAUGUCUCUGAGUCUAACUGUGGCGCCUUCCCUCCUAUUCUGGGUUAUGUACCAUGGGAGGUAGACCCCUGGUUUACUGGCAUAGAGUAUUUUUACAUCCAUGAUGACUUAGGACUGUUUUGGAUAACAGUCAUUGUCAUUUUGGCGCUGCUGCUGCUCUUUGGAGGCCUGUACACCAUCUAUGUCUACGCGUAUCAGCAGAAGGGCAGCUACCGCACCAAUGAACCCAAAAACCUGGAGUCACCGAGCAGUGCCCGACCGCUGACGGAGACUCUGAGGAGAGAAAAAAAAAACCUUCCAGAAAUUGAAGAGGAGUUUAGGAGUGACUAG